CAUGGAGACCACGUGCUGAUAACCCCUUCUCGGCAUGGGAAUGGAGGCGGGCUCUUCAUGCUGGGAAGAAGUGACGGCGUUCUAAAUCCUGGAGGGAUCCGGUUUGGGUCAUCUGAGAUAUAUAAUGUUCUUGAAACGUGCUUCUCAUUUUCAGAAGAACGGAACGCGAACGACACAAUCGAGGAUGCACUGGUUGUGGCGCAGUCCAUUGAAGCCGGCGCAGACGAACGCGUGAUCCUGUUCAUUAAGCUUUAUAGCAAGGGGGCGCUAUCAAUAGAAAUGGAGAAGCAGAUCAGAUUAGAAAUAAGGUCACGACGAAGCCCACGCCAUGUUCCUGCUCGAAUUAUCCAAGUCGACGACAUCCCGUACACCUUGAACGGCAAGCGCGUGGAGGUUCCAGUUAAAAAGGUAUAUUUUCAUAAAUCAUAG